UCUCUCGCAACGAAGAAUGAGCAAUACGUUUUCGGGACAACGAUGGAUCGUGCAACGAGAAUCGCGUGGAUCAUUUAAGGUCGGGGGCGAUCAAUGCCCGAUGGCGUGGACUGGAACGCAACGCUGGAGAAAUCCUGCUCCAGAAGGUGACGAUGUACAACGAUCGAUCGAGCUGCUGGACAAAGUGCUCUCAGAGUACGACGAGCACGAAGCAGAGGGCGAAGGUGGUGGAGGCGUCGGCGUCGGCAGUGGCGGUGGCGGCGGCGGUGGCGGUGGCGGUGGCGUUAUUUCAUCCACUAAACGUUAUAACAGAUAUACUUCGUUUAAAAUAUUUUCUAUAUUUUCCCAUAUUAUGUACGUUUUAUGGAACCUUAAAUCUCCCAACAACUCCCAUAAAUGGCUAAAAAUGCGCAGUCUAGCGACGAUAUUAUUAAAUCGACGAGACGUUAAAAGGAUUAAAAUAAAAGGGCAUCAAUCCGAGGACGACGGUUACAUGAGUAUGAAUGGACGAAAAGCGAAGAUGGCCCUGAUAGCGCUGCGUCCAGUUCCAGAUUGUCCAGAGCCACAGGAUCUCGCGGGAAUAUCUACGCAAGAAUUUCCGCCACCGCCGGAAGAAGCCGAACGAAUCAUUUCUACUUUGUUGCCCAUGGUAUCGCCUGGAAAUUCUUCGAAGAGAAACCAAGGUCACUCCUCUUCUCGUCGAAGCGGUCGCCAACAGUGGAUGAUAGCCAUGGAGGACAGCAUACGACAUGGAAACGGUAGCACGGUUACCACUCAAACGACUCUCCCCAAAACUCGACAUCAGAGACCGUAUGGCUGGGAAAACGGGAACAGCGAAGCAUUGAAAUUGGCUCAACCUCCGAGCCCGCCGAGCAAAUUCGCCAGCUUACCAUACGAUGGUAAGGUGUCUUUCGGUUGGAUCCCGCCACGAACCAAUCCAACUACCAUUGAGAAGCACCGCGAGGUUAGACGUCGAUCAUCGGAAGAAGAUGGCCUCGAGGCGGACAAAAAUCAUCGACAGAGCUUCGACAAGGAUCGAACGCCUCAUCUACGAAAGCAACGUCAAAGUAACGAAAUCACCAAGUCGAGCAGCGUGGAGGAUCGUCUGCUGAUGAAUCACGAGCAAUCCGAGCAGAACAGCCGAAGAAGAAACGAUUCUGACUCGAGCGAAGGCAGAUUCUCGAGAAACUCCGAAUCAGAGAGAUCUUCUAUCCCACGGUCGAGCUCGGUCAGCGUCGAAAGAUAUUCGAUGCGAGCUACUUGCGGAUCAUCCGACUUUUCCAGGGCGAACUCCACCUCGAACGAAAGAUUCCACUCAGAUUUUUCGAUAGCCGUGGCCAGUGCCAGUUCCAACGAUCGAGUCUCCGUGCCAACGUCCGAUCCUUUCUCCAUUCGAAAUCUCGACUUCGUUUCCUUCUCUUUGCCGACCAGAACAGACUCCAAUGAAAGAUUCUCGGCACCAACUUCGGACAGGUGUUCGGAGGAACGCUACUCGGACAUGUUCUCCACGAGGAAUUCGGACUUCUCCACGAGGAAUUCCACAGACUUUAGGACUCAAUCUGAGGAGGAGAGAUUUUCCGACGACUCGUUGGAGGAGCUUCUGCCUCCUCCUCCGCCCAUCAGUAAGAGACAUUCUAUUGCUUGGGAAGUACCUCUGGAGGAUGAUCCACUUUAUGCUCCCGGAAGUACCAAGGUGAUUGGUAGGAGACGACGUAAAAGCAGCGACGUGUCCAGCGUCGGAUCAGCAUCGAAACUACGCGACUUCGACGACUGGCAAGAUCCCCGGUUAUCGACCACUGACGAUGAUCUAGUCUCUCCGUACUCGGACUCCUCGACGAACGAGCUUGAUCAGAUACGACCCCAAGAACUAACCAAGAACGGCACUUACGUGAUACGUCGUGGUCGAAAGAAAGAACGAAAAAGUUUACCAAAAGUCCCGACCAAAACCAAAAGCUUAUCGUUUGAGAAUAACGAGGAGAAUCGGUUGUCCGACGUGAAACGAUACUCGAGUACUUUCGAUAAUAUUAGAAGUCUCCUGAGAGAAAAUAAACUGGAUGAACCUAUGAACGAUCCACCGAUGGAAUUUCCACCGUCGGUUCCACCCGACCUGGUCAGAGUCGUUUCUCUUCCAGCGAUUAACGACGAAACCGGCAAUUGGCCGCGAGAAUUGGAAGUAACUGUCGAAGAGGAAGAAAGUUCAGACCUUUCAGACAAGGAUAAAAAACCUCGGGAGAUGUUCGAGCUGCUCCAGUUGUCGUCCUCGUUAUCGUCCACCGACAAUCCUGAGAGAGACAGAAUCGAUGUCGAUUUGUCGAAUCAAGAAUCGAGAAACGCUACUACCGAGUUGAACAGCACGUGCAACGGAGUUUCGCUAUCAGCCUCUAACAGCUAUUCGAAAGGGUUCGCUGGCUUAACACCGUCUAGUGGGAAUGUGUUUAACGAGGAACCAAGAAAAUCUCCAAAUUGUAGUAACGAACAUCGAUUAACGUCCAAGAUCCCUGUUAACCUACUGAUUGAAGAUCAGAUUGUGAAAAAAGCUUUGAAGGAAAAUCGUAGACAAUUGGAGAAGGUCAGUGAUGCGAUCAAGGAAAUUGAGAAUGUGAAGAAUAGCGAGUCUUAUUCGGAGAGCAAGACACGAUGGGCAAGGAGUGGAGAAGCGAAGCAACCAUUGGCAAGAAAAAGCAGUCUUGACAGCGAAUCGAAUGAUCGUGGAGUUGUGGAUCGAAGUGGAGCGAGGAAACAGCAUCAUGAUUCGGAUUUUGAUUCGGAUACAGCGUCUAAAACCAGUCCUGAAACAACGGAUAUAGAGGCGAAAAGAACUAAUGGGUCGGAUAUCUAUGCGUCGGGAAAAAGAUUGAGACAGAAUGGAGUUGUUGAGACUCAUAAGAAUGAUCAAAAGCAGAUUGAAAAUGUGAUCGACGCUAUUCUUGAAGAUUCCAAGAAUCCAGAUUUUCAGGUGAGCGUGGAAGUUCUUGAGUUUCCUCCGUUACCACCAUCGCCUGUCGAGGAAGCGGACGAAGAAAGUUCAGACAUUGGUCAGACUGCCGCAAUCGUCUCUAAGCCAAAAAAUCAUAGCAAUCGAACGAUGGAGUACAGACCUAGGGUACCACCUCAUCGUGGACCUGUUGCUAAUCAUUCCCUCUCGGAUUCGAAAGAUCAACAAACGUCUCUCAAUACCAGAUCCAUGGAUGCUGGAUUUUCUCGGGGUAAAAGAACAACACCUAGUGCCACCAAUUCCAGACGAGAGCAAAUACCCGUGGAACGAAGGACUUUGCCUACGGACCUACCUGGACCUUCACGACGACGUCCCUUCACCAAGAGACAUUCGCCAUCGGCGGAACCGUGCUCCUCGGUUGGAAAUGGGGGCUGUAGUAGCAGUACUAACGCAAACGGGGCAAACAACGGAGCUUGUAGCAGCAGCAGUGGAACCACCGGUAACAUAGCGACUGGUACCAGCGGAAUGCAAACCUCUUGUUCGCUUCCAGAAACCCCUGUUUUCGCUAGAGGGAGCGACAUUCCCAGAACUCCCCAGCAUGCCAGCAAUUCGACACAGAUGCGUCGACAACCUGGUUGGUACGCUCCAACCACGGCUACCACCGGGUAUCGCAGGAAUAACCCGGGUUUGGAACAGGCGAUAAUCGGAACCGAGUUGUUGCGAUUAGCCGGUGGCCCGAAUCGUGGAUGGUACCCUACGAGGAAGGCGAACCAACCGCGGCCAGCCUCGAUCGAGCAUCUCGAAAGACUAAACAACGCGUACGAUCCACGCUUGGCUGGUUCCGGAGACCAAAGGAAACCAUUGACUCUGCCGACAAACAUCACACCGAACAAAUACUUCGGCCAAAGUAAGCACAGCUCCGCCUCCAGUACUCGCGAGGCGCUACGGAGGGUCACUAGCUUGCUCAUCAAGAAAGGAAGUGGCAGCAAGGAUGGCAAAAGUGGAAAGGACAAUGCAUCACCGUGUGGCCCAUACGCAGCUGCCGAAUGCGGGGACGCGCCGAAGAAGAAAGGAUUCUUCAAAGGUUUCUGGAAGAGGUCGCGUCAUUAUUCGCUGGAGAACCAAUAGCCCAGGUUAGGCGGUAGGGUGACGGGCCAGCAACGACAGAGACAGGCGCCACGGCAACAGCACCAUUAUCGGCACCACGUCGCUACGAGCGCUUUGACACACAGUGCUUGCUGUUGCAUCGUCCAGUAACCUCGGUGCUGCUUCGUGGUAGAUGCAGCGACAAGGUUCGCGUUCCUUCGUCCAUUUCAUCGAGCUUUUAUUCCGCCCGAUCGGUGGUCUCCGAGUCCAACAAGCUGCGUCAGCCCGUGGGUAAAAUCUUUUUGCGUAUUAAUUACGUUUCUCUGUCCCUCCUUGUUUCUUUUUUCUUCAACACUCUCCGACUAUUCGGCUAAAAGAUUUUCUUUCCAUUCCUUCCGUUUCUCGUUACAUCCGGCCGUAUGCGGUAGUUAGGCUGUUUCGUAAAUUAUGCCACGAGCAGCAAAGGGCGGGUUCUAUACGAAAAAUAAGCCGAAAAUGUAGAAUAAUAUAUUUUGAUUUAAAGCCUUGUUUGUCUAUUCUGCUUGACGCAAUGCGAUAAAUAUAAAUCCAAGUAGGAGUAUUAGUAUGCAGCGAGAUCCUUCAAGUCGAAACAUAGACAACCUUGCAGAGUUGCUCGUAUUUUUAAUGCGUCUGUCUUUAAUUUUCUACAGCAAAGAAACGCUUUUAAACUGUUCCAAGACAAUCUUUAGUUUGAUAGAAUCGAGCAAGAAGAAAUUAAUUGGAUGGAGGAUUGGCCAAAAUGUAUGUUAGAAUUAAGGCCGCAUGCGUAAUAAAUAUAUAUUAAUUAAUUAAACUCAAAUUCUCCAAAGAUCGAAUAAAUAGAGCUUGUGAAAAGACAAAAGAAGCGUGCUCUACGUUUUCAACUUAUUUUGUCGCAUAGAAUCGUCACUUGCUUGUUGGUCUUGCUUGUCUCGAGGUCGAGGUUGUACCAUCAAUUACAAGAUAACCUGCAAAUGAGAUUACGCUACGUUACGUUUUCGUUACCAUACUAAAUCGUUUCGUUCCUCUCGCACAGCUCGUUUGCUCGUGCGAGCGCGUUGCUCGAAAGCGCGAAGCGGAAUAGAAGCAACGAGGCAAAGUGCUGCGCGAAUCGUGUCGAUUUCGUCACCAGCUGGCGUUGUUCGAAUCAUUCGAGCAAGUCAUAAAUCGACUUUUGCUAAAUCGAAUCUAUAUCGAACUUAAGUCGUGUAAACAACAUGAAGUACGCGAUAUAAAACAGAAUUCGAGCAACGACACAGCGGCAGCAGUUGAUCCGUUGACUCGUUCGUUUACUCUAUUUAUUUCUAUUUCCUGAAACGCAUAGAAGAAGAAAACCGACACGACACCACUAUAUAGCAAGAUUUUUCAAUGGUAAGAUGGUUCGAAUUUGCUCGCAAGACUUGUAUACGCGCUGAGUUUCGCGUCACGAGCAGUUAAACGUUCGAUAGUUUUUCCAUUCGAGAGGUAAAUCGCAAGCUUUGUACGGCUUAACCUAAUUGUUAGAUGGAUUUCGAUUAAACGAAACUUUUACUUUACAGAGGUAACAGCACCGAUUAAGUCCUACGACUUAUUAUUAAUGUCAUCGGGGGUGGAAGGUUAGAUCAGAGUCGAUUGGAAUGGGCAACUGCUUGAUUAGUAAAUGCCAAAAAGUACACGGUAGUCGGCUUUCUGAUUGACGGACUCGAUCGAUAAUCGACGAUCAUUGCGAUUUAUCGACGAUCGGUCGACGAGUUGCGACCUAUUGCGUGCAUCAGAACACCAUAGGCGUUUCUGUCCCAUCAUCUUUCUUGUGUGUAUCCGACACGCCAGCACGUUUAUAGAGAGCAAAUAAACUAUAAGUUAUCAAGUAUUCGAGUACUCGGUUAUCUACAUACGUGUACUUUAGACGGCGUUUAUUACUCGCGUAUUAUGGCAGAGGCAAUAGAGAGAAAGAAGAAAGCGUAGAAAAACGCACGGAGGGACGAAUACGUGCGGAAUCAUGACCAUGUAAAAAGCAAUCACAUUGUAUUUACUAUACGUAUUUAUUGUUAUUCGAGCAAUUUGUAAUUAUACCAACGAAACGUUCCCUCUAGUUUCAACGUUACCAUAUAAAUAACUAUUUUUAUUACGGCAAUUCAUUACCUGUAUCAUCAUCAUCAUCAUCGUCAUCGUCAUCACCACCAUUGUUGUCAUCCUCGUCGUUAUUUAUUUCUCAUUUCUGUUGUUAAGUUGGUACGUAUGAAAUAUGCUGUCCCGCCAAAUAAGAUUUCGAUCGAUAUAUUUUAUACGAUUCAAUGCUCUGUUUUAAUGAUCAAUUAACGUCAUUAUUCCAGGUUUAUAAGAAUUAUCGGCUGGAAAAUUCAGAUCAAUUUCUUCGGUUAUAGCUUCUUUUUCGGUAAUUUACGCAUUGGAAGAUUGCAAGAUGGGAUAAAAGUUGUGUUUAACUUUAUCAAAUACUAAAUGUUGGUUUUCAGCAACUUUCGUGCCACUUUUUUUCAAAAUUUAGGCCCAUAAAAAAUUACACGAACUUUCUGGCUAUCUAGAAAUAAUAAUAAAAUUUUGGUAUAUUUAUUAUAAAUUUCCUUACAUGAAAAAUUACGUUAAACUUACAUGAUUUAUGGUAAAUUUUAUAAUAUGUUUGAUAAUUGACGAUAGAUCAAAAUUGAAUGGAUGGUAUUAGAGCGCCAAAUUUGAAUUUGAGGAAACACUUCAUACGCUCCAACUUAAUACACAUAAUUAGUACCAAUAACCACUUUCGUCGCCACAAUUGUUGCCACUGUGUUUUAUUUAUAUCUUUUCCUCCUUUAUUAUCAUAAUUUUUCCCUUUUAGUCGCCUUUCACGGCACGCAGGGAUUGCAUAUCUGGGCCUAUCGAGUUCCUGAACCUAAAAGGACUUACUAUUGUAAUAUUAAUAUUAUUAUUGCUAUUUAUUUGAAUUAUUAUCGUAGGGUUGUUGUUACGAUCAUUGUUAUUACCAUUGUUAAUCCUGAAACGCUAUCACCAAAAUGAUAAUGCUUAUGCAGAGAACGUUGAAACACGCAAGUGAAACGCAAAAGACGAUAAAUGCGUUAUCGUUACGAAACGGUAAUCAGUGUUAUCUAGAACUAGCGGUUGAAUUACUUACUUACUUGCUUACUUACUCAAUUACUAUUAUCGAUAAUCCUCUAUUUGUAUGAUAUAUAGAAGGCGAAUUAAGAUUAUAUAGCCAGUAAUGUAACAAAAUGGUCACGAUAAUAACGAUAACUCUCGCGAAAAUUACAUCUAGUAGAGAAUUGGAAAAUUCGAUAUAGGAUGUAGCAGACGACAUUCUCCUCUCGAAUUAUCGACAAAGUCGAUUCCAAUCGGAAAAUUGCUUGAAUGCCAAAGAUUGCCUUCGCAAUAUAUCGCCAACUCGGCCAACGCAUACAAACCUAUAGAAAAUCACAUUUCUUGGUAUUUGUUCGAAUUUCAUUUUACUUCGAUUCUUUAUACAAUUUUGUACGAACCCCUAAGUGCAAAUUUUAGUCGAUCAAUCGAACGAACAAUCGUUUCCCUUUCUCUUUCAUUUCCUAAUUCCUUUUCCUUUCCUCGUUUCAAGCGCCAACCAAACGCAACAACGUGAAUCUCUCCAUCGUGUUCGUGGUCGUGAUCGUUGUCGUCGUCGUCCUUCGAAAUACGCGGAAACAGAAUUUCCCUAUGAAUCGUGUUCAUCGUGGAAACAUGUUUGCACGUCAUUUCACUUUGUAGGUUAUUUAAAACGUAUUUUAAAUAAUCGUAUCGUUCGCGGCUUGUUCGAUAUAUCGAAUACAGCGGGAAAUCGUUGGAACGAUUACGAGGGCGAUAACACGAGCACGUGACUUAAAAGGACGCUGGAAUUUCAAGGAAGAGGAAAGAAGAAAUAAGACAGAAGAAAACGAAAGAAAGAAAGAAAUGUGGCAAUCGUCGCUCGGCCGCAACAUAGGUUAUGAUACCGCUUUUUUCUCCCUGCGUGAUAUAUUUAUUUAUUUUAACGCGGUUUUAUUACACACUCUAUGUAUAGUGGCACUUGUAAAUAACGAUCGCGAAUCAUAAGGAUACGUGACAAAGGAACGCAAGAAGAGAGCAACUGUUCCGCGAUCUUUUCGCCGUGAAAAGAUCGAGCUAGGACUGUGAGAACGAUGGGCAUUCGAGAUACGCAUCGGCCGCGUGCUAGUUGUUGCUACCGCUGCUGUUGCUGCUAUUGCUGUUACCGUUGCUACUGUUACUAAGUACUACAGUUACAAAAACCCUAGGGCACGCUGGCCGCUUUGUCGCACAUUCGUUGACAUGCAUGCACACCUAUCUAAUAAGAUAACUUAAAAGGUAAUCUAAUAAAGGUUAAUGCUACUUAAACUUAAUGCCAUUUAAACGAACGUUUGUAAAGCAAUCUUCGUCCCAGCGUUGCGCGGUAUGCUAUAUCUCAUUUUACGCACACGCGUGUACGUGUUCAAUCACUUUUUUCAACGGUGUCUUCUGUUCUCUUCGUCAUCUUCCAUCAUUUUCUUCUUUUUCGUCUUCUUCUUCUUCUUGUUUGCUUCUGCCCCUGCCCCUGUUCUCUCCCUUUCUCUCCCUCUUAUCUGCGAUUUCAACAAAACAACCGUUGUUUCCCUCGAACGGGUAGUAUCGUGAAAUAAUCACCGCUAGCCGUGGAGACCCCAUUUGGAAAGGAGAGAAGCACCGAAAUGCCUAAACUUUCUUGACAAAUAGCCAAGAACAGAUAGAACGAAGAACGAGGGGAAAGAUGGAUUUCUUCGGAAAAAAAUUUCGAAUGUUUCGAAACGAGUCGAGACGAGUCGAGGGACUCAUUCGUGUUUCCCGUGUUAAAUAUGCGUUAAAUACGAAGGAAAAAUGUGCGCGAUACUCGUGUAACACAGAUUUUGAACAUUUUAAUCCCGGUAACAGGUGAGACAUUUCGAAAGUUAAGUAUCGAAACGUUGUCACCCGUAUUAACCUUUUUCACAUGUGUUCUGAACAUGAUUGUAUUCGAGAAAUUCCAAUACAUCACCGAUAGAAUAAGAGACGCACACUGUGCACACUAAAGCCAAGUUACGGAAGUUGCCGGGCAUGUAAUACGAUACGAUACGAUAUUCGUGUACGCCAUUAUCAAAUCCACUGUUGUUUAACUAGCCACGAUGUUAAGACCGGUUCGUUGGGCGCAUCGUUUCUUCUAGUCUUUGUCUCCCUGAAUGAAAACGAGCGUGUACAAGUUGGAAAAGAAACGGGUCAAAAGCGGAAACAAACUCGGGUAAAUAAAAUGUGUAUGCUUCGCGUAGUUUUAACGAUUUGUAGAUUACACAGAGUAGAUGGACAAAGUCUGUGAAAGGACUAACGCAAACGAGGAGAACAUUUUAGUACAAAUUCGAUAGCUUUAUCGUUUCAUCGUUGGAAGAACAAGGAUUAAAGGUACUAAAAAAGAAAGAAAA